UUUACAAAAUAUGUAAACAAAACCACAAUUUUUGGAAAUUUCUUCAAACUAAAUUCAAAUCGUAAAAUUUCCCAAAAAAAACUUUGUAACAAUGAAUCUACAAGUCCUACCCCUCUCCGAUUUGCAAUCAUUUACUUACCAAAAAUGCCUUUUACCCAAAGAACUCUUUCCCAAACGCACUCUACCUGGUGCAUUGGCCAAAUGUAAGUUAUCCUCGGGAGCUGAAUAUAUUUGCAACAUUUAUCCCAUGGAAAACCAAACACCACCAUAUUUCUGUUGGUUAGAUGACACUGUCAAGGUAGGAGCUAUUAAGAAUACCAUAACAAGCAGCUUGACAUCAUUGGAAGUUCUAGAUAAUAGUAUCCAACCUGCUUCCCGGGUGAAUCUUAUUUUUACCAUAAAUGAAAAACUAUUUGAAAUGAAAAAUGCCAACAGACAACUUUUAAUUGAUUUAACUAAAACCAUCCUUCAGACUUAUAGUUUUGUUAAUAAUUCUUUUAUUAUGUUGGAAGAACUCCAAGAAAUUGGAAUCACUGAAAUACACAUUCAAUCCAAAGAUUCCCAUGUCUUUAAGUUUACAGAAACAACCGAAAUUAUAGUUUCAAAUAUUAAACUACAAACUUCAGGUGAAGAAUGCUUCUUCCGUAAUUUAGUUGCAAUAGAACAACCUCAAGAAGAACUCCAACAAUUGAUGGAGAGCAUGUCAAUCUAUGAAGAGCUCAAUUGGAAGAUGAAACCAUCUUUGAAUGCUCUUUUGAUUGGUCCUCCCGGUUCUGGGAAGACCUCAAUUUGUAUGAACUUUGUUGUUGAGAAUAAUUGCAAUUGUUACAUUAUUCGAUCGGCAAAUAUUCUGGGGCAAUAUCCUGGCGAAACUGAAGCCGAACUGAGAAGAAUCUUUAAUUCAGUAAAGUUAUUCAUUCAAUCUUUUCAACCAAAUGAUCCAGUUGUAAUUCUCAUCGAAGAUCUUGACCUAAUUUGUCCAGCAGUGAGCAAGAAGAACUCCAAUGACUCUGGGAAUUCAACACGAGUCUCAGGACAAUUGGUAUCCCUGCUUGACAAUUUACGUCAUUCGACGGAAUCAUCAAAAAUAAUUGUCCUUGCAACGAGUUCGCGAUUAGAAUCAAUUAUGCCAGCUUUAAGACGUCCUGGACGCUUUGGAAUCGAGAUUAAUAUUCCAGCACUUAGUGAGGAACAAAGAGCUGUUAUAUUUGCAUCAAUGUUAGAGCAUUCUUUCUACGGGAAGACCUUUGAUCUAAACACUGAACUUCUACAGAAGAUUGCCAAGCAAACACAAGGUUUUGUUGCUUCUGACUUGGAACUUCUCAUCAACUCAAUUGGCCAGGAGCUUAUUCGUACUGAAAUAACUUUCGACAAGUUUACUGAGACUCUUGAAAGACUUUUGAGAACGAUGAAACCAGCAUCAUUUGGUCAUACGGACGUUAAAGUCUUCAAAACUGAUGACAAAUUUAAUUCAGUUGGUGGCAUGGAACAACUUAAGAAAGCACUUGAGAUCUCAGUGUUAUCUGGUUUAAAACAGAAAGCAGCCUUCGAAAGAUUUGGAUUGUGUUUGCCGAAAGGAAUUCUCCUCUAUGGUCCACCGGGAUGUGCAAAAACAACAAUAGCCAAGUGUUUGGCAACUGAAGCUAAUAUGACCUUCAUUCCGACAUCGGCAGCUGAAGUUUAUUCGCCAUAUGUUGGGAAUUCAGAGAAAUAUAUUUCAAAAAUAUUUGACACUGCACGAAAGAAUUCUCCGUGUUUGGUUUUUCUUGACGAAAUUGAUUCUUUAGUUGGUCGACGAAGUGCUGAUGCUAAAAGUGAUGUUCAAACUCGAAUACUUUCGACUCUUUUAACCGAAAUGGAUGGCAUUGGUGUAAAAUUAUUCUCAUCAGCUCCUGGUGGUAAUAGUAUAUUAGUUGUUGCUGCAACAAAUCGACCGGAAAUGAUUGAUGAUGCUUUAAUGCGACCUGGACGUUUUGAUAAACUUAUUCAUGUUCCAGCGCCCGAUAGAGACUCACGAUUACAAAUACUUAAAAUGCAUGCUGGAAAAAUGCCAUUCCAUAAUGAUGUUGAUUUGGAAAAGAUUGCUAAAGCAACUGAACUAUUUUCUGGAGCAGAUAUUUGCAAUUUAUGUAAUGAAGCUGCUAUGCAUGCAUUCACACAAGAUAGCGAUGUGGAAUAUAUAAAUAUGGAAGACUUUGAGAGUGUUUUGAGAUACCAAAAGUCUUCAUUAACACAAGCUCAAGUUCAGUGGUAUAGGGAUUUUGAAUGUUCACACAAGAGGUGAUUGAUUGGAGGGGGAGGCUUAGAGAAGAAUUUUAAAAGUUCAAUAAAAAAAAUGUGGUUUAAGAAAAA